AUGGGAAGAGGGUCUUCGUUUGCAAUCGACGAAGAGAUGCUCGCUCUCGUCGUCCCCUGCUCGCCGCCUUCACUGUCGUCGUCGGAAUCCGGCUCGCCGCAGUCAAAGAGAUGCUGCAAUCGACAAGCUUCUUCUACUCGUCGUCACCCACUGCUCGCCGUCUUCACUGUCGUCGUCAGAAUCUGGCUCGCUAGCUGCGUGGAGAGGAUCGAAGGAAGAGGAUCGAAGGAAGAUUUUUUCUCUCCUCAUCGGCGGCGUGGGUCAGUGGCCACCGAUGACGACAUCCACCCGACGUUGCAGUAUCAUGAGCGGGCCAGAUGGUGCCACGUGGCUUGCAUGCACGCCUCUAUCACCCCCACCACCAUAUGGCGCUGUGGCAUCCUUCACCGGAACAGGAUUAACAGGGACACUUGGCCAGUGGUUGAGGCGCCCACGUGAGAAAGCCAGACUGGUUUCCGCUCGAGCUUGGCUUCUUUUCGUGCUCGCUUGCUUCAUUGCAUGACCUCUGAAAGAUCUCACAGAUCUCCUGUUGACAAUAUCUCUGACAUGGGUAGCUUCGAUCCAGCCUCUACAGCAGCUUGCUCGGAUUCUACAAGGAAGAGGAGACGAAGAACAGGAACUGAAUCUGUUGUGGAGACUCUUAAAAAGUGGAAGCAGUACAACGAGUAUCUCGACACUUGCGCGGAUGGAGCCGCUGGCAAGAAGUCUGGGCGAAAAGCUCCCGCCAAGGGCUCGAAAAAGGGAUGUAUGAAAGGUAAAGGCGGGCCCGAUAAUUCGCACUGCAAGUACAGGGGUGUUAGACAGAGGACGUGGGGUAAAUGGGUAGCGGAGAUUAGAGAGCCCAAUAAAGGUCCUAGAUUGUGGCUUGGCACUUUCCCUACUGCUUAUGAAGCUGCUCUAGCCUACGAUGAUGCUGCUAGAGCCAUGUAUGGUCCUUACGCCAGGCUGAACCUUCCAGAUAUCUCUAGGGCCCCGACUACCAGUACAUCGAAUGGUUAUUCUGCGGCAACACCAUCUGGUGGGUACUCUACGAUUAGUACUACUACAUCAUCCAACCAUUCUGAGGUUUGUGAGAACGAAGAUGAUGCCAAGGUCUUGGUGGUUCCUGAUGUUGAGGGUGAGUCGAAGGCCACGGCUCAUGGGGUGGAUGAGGUUUCAUCUUCGGAUCCUUGUAAAGAAGAGCCUCUGUUGAUAGACAAGAAUGGGGAUUUUGAUGAGGACCAGACGAGCCUGAAACCGGAAGUGAAAGAGGAGCCCUUGGAUGUGAAAGACUAUGAGUGUCAUGACUUCACGAUGGAUGAGAUGUUUAGCAUUGACGACUUACUGGGUGCAUUGGAGAAUCAGCCACUCGAAGGGGCAGUAAACAACCAGAUGCAGGAGCAUGAUGCUAGAUUCAUUGGUGGUUCGCAGCACAAGGAGCCAGCACCAUUGAUCCUUCCUGCUGCUGAGGAUUUCUGCUUCGACUUUUUGGAGCCUGGGAGGCAGGAGGACAAUACUGUCACCGUUGAUGACCAGGGUUACUUGAGCCUGGGCUUGGCCGACUUGGGGUUUGAGGAUCUGUGAUGGACAAAAUGUUUUUAUCUUUGUUUUCUUUGUUCUACACGGUUUGCUUCCCUGUCCUUCCAAUGCGUUUUUUUCUUGAGGGAGUUGAUUCUCUACGAGCUUUUUAGGGACUACAGAAAUUGGCUGCUGAUUUUGCCUUGAUUUCUUCUUCUCUCUUUCUAACUUCUGCUGCUUCUGUAGAUCGUGCUUUUGCAGUGGUUAGAAAGAUUUGACUUAGACUUUGAAGAUGUUUAAUUGUUUACUGUAGAUUCUAUCUGAAAAGGUGUUAUCAGAGUAGCAAGUGAGGGUUGUACUUGUAUAUGACGUCGACUUGAGAGGAAUAUGGGUUCUCGAAUAAAUUGACAGUUACUGGUUGCUGCCUUACAGGCACGGUGUCGGAUGAUGGAUGGAGCAAUCGCAGCAGGAUCGCACCAACAGAUGGAGAAGAAGAUGCUAGCAAUGAGACAAUAGUGAUGCUGCUACUGCUAACACGGCUGAAAGCCUGAAACUCUCAUGAAUAGGCUCUACAGGAAGUGAGAACAAUAGCAUUAGCAUAAACACUCUGCACAGACAGCGUUGGACAAUGGUUCUUAUAAUUUCUUCUUUGUCUGAAACUCGAAAAUGUGAGUCAAAUUUAUUUGUCAAAGAUGUCCGCGUCUAAUUUAAUAUGCAGAUGUUAUGAUCGAUAGCGCUUAUCGGCAAAAUACCUGGCUUGAAUUUAAGAAAUACAGCACAAAUAAUGACACAGAUCUCUGUUAGGG